UGAGAACCAACGACUUUUUUGUGUUUGGAGUGUUGGAACUUUGGAAGACCAAAUCUAAAAGUACAUUGACAUUUUGAAAAGGAAUACUACAGUCUUCCUUUUAGAAAAUUUCUUUAACAAAAUGCUUGGAGAAGCCUUCCUAAUUGAACUCCCAUACAAAGAACAGAAAUAUACAAAAUUUUGCAAACCAGUAACAUGUAAGAAGACAUCAAAUGAUGAAAAAGAAACUUGGAAAAAUAAACUUUUAGAUAUAGAAGACAAUUCACUUUCCCCGCUUAAGAGGGAAAAUCAAGAAAAAAUUAUGAAAGAAAGUUUAAAUGAACAAAGUAAUGAUACAAAUAAAAUAAAAUCUGUGGAUGAGCUAUCUGCGGUAAAAUGCAAAAAUACACCUCUUCCAGGAACUGUGUCCAUUGCAUUGACCAUUCCAAAGAGAGAACAACAUGAUGAAAGACAAGUGGAUUUAUAUCGAUCCUGGUCAUGUACCAGUAUUUGCCAGAAUUAUCCUGAUCUACAGAUUGGAGGUGAUCAUGUGGGGAACAUGUAUGAUUCAGGCUGCUUUGUUGAACACACACAUGAUGAUGUUUCUAAUGGUCCCCUUUUACUUUCAGUAGAUAUACCAUUGGGCCAUUCUCCUAUCAUUGAGCCUCUGGAGAAAACACCCACCUCAAAGUUAUUGAAUGGAGAUGAAAUUCGAGAAAAAAGUAUGCUGUUUCAUAAGCAGCCUCUCUCCAAUUCUAUGCUUAAUAGCUAUAUGGAAAAAAAGGUCGAUGAACUCUAUAAACAAUUUUUGGAAGAAAAUCUCACCAGGUGUUGCUCCAUAACCAAUCUUAUAGCUUCCAAUCUGCUAAUGAACAAUAUAAAUCAGAUUAGUCUUCAAAUUUCCCAAGAGCAGAACAUAGAGGCAUCAAAAGCUCGGGAAGCUCUUCUGCACUCUUUAACACUAUGUAAUCUUCGUAACAUUUCCCAUGGAAACAGUUCUGAAUUUAGCACUCCUAACUUACAAAUAUCAAACCAGACAAGUAGGGAACUUGUAUCACAUUUAUAGUAGGAAUCAACUGUAGAUUAAUUUGAUUAACUUCAGCAAGACUUCAGUAAGAAUAGUCUUCUCUGGCUUAUCAUGUCACAUAAAAUCUCUUUUGAGGUAUGGUUAUCAUGCUGCUUUAAAAAAUGAUUUGACUCAGUGUACAUUCAAGUUGUUGUAGGAGAUAACUAUAAGAACUAAGUUUUAUGAGUAUAUUUUCUUACUGUUUUGACAUCAUUAGUGAUUACGUGCUUAUCUACAGAGUAGUCACUGGCACACCAAAUCAAUCAGCUCACUGUCAAUCAACUUUAUUUACAACAAAAGUGGGAUGAGAAGUGCAUGUUUGCUCUAAGCUACUGAAAGGACCACUAAAAGCUAUUCAGAAUGGGACAUUUAUUUCUGUACAAAAAGGUUUAUAGACAUAUUAGUAGUGCUUAAAUUUUCAUUUUAUUUCUUAACCCUUUCAUUUUAUUUAUUUCUUAAAUCCUUCAUUUUAUUUCUUACAUCCAGGAUCCUUUACAUUGACAAUCAGAAUAUCCUAGUGAAAUUUUACACAUAUUCAUACACACACACAUACACAUAUGUUUAUGUGUUUAUUCAUACACACACAUAUCAUAUGUUUCAUUUCUUGGUGUAUUUGAAUGCCUAUGCAAUGAAAUAUACAAAAUUUUGCAAACCAUUAACAUGUAAGAAGAUCUCAAAUGUUUGGAAAAACAAACUUGUAGAUACAGAAGACAAUUUACUUCCCCUUUAAGAUGGAAAAUUAUGUUAUAAUUUAUGUCGUAUAUUAUACAUAAUCAGAAUAAUAUAUACUACAAAUUGUAUAUCACGAUAUAUAAUUUUCACAUAAAAUUGGAGUAUGGGGUCUAUUCAAAAAUACCUUAAACAAAAUUGAAUUUAAAUAACAUUUGAAAGAAAAAUGAAAAAAAAUUCUUAAGAAAAAUAGUGAUUUUGUCAGUGCUGUUUGUUUUAAAACUGUAUAUUUUGAAUUUUCCUGGGAUAAGCAUCAGCUUUGUUACAUCAGUAUGUUCUUCCUAGUUAUUUUCAUGGAUGGGAUGAAUUUUAAAAAUUUUUUAAAAUUGUAUGAAAACAUACAGUAUCCUGGGUUAGAAUAAAAUUCAGCAACAUAGAAUUGAAAUUUAGGAAUCUGAUUUAAAUAAAUUAACCUUAUGGGAUAGUAUGGUUUAUUGCAGACUUGUAAACAAAACUCUGCAGUUAAUACUUCACACUUCUCUUAGUGAUUAUCACAUAUCUUUGCUUGUUAAAUAUAGUGGUAUGAAUUUACACUAUGGUUUUUUAUGGCUGCAUUAUAUAGUAAUAAUAUUUGUGCAUUAGUAAUCACUCCUUCCCCUCCAAUUAUCUCUUUUGUCUUUGAUUAUAUUAUAUAUAGUGUAUCACCAACUCAUCAUUUUCAUUAAAUGUCCUUAGAUUUUUUCAUUCUUCAAAUUUUUAUAAUAAGUAUCUUUGAUUUAUCCUGUUUAUCCCUUCAUCACUCUUUUCCCCUUCAUUUUUUUCACAUAAUCUCAAUUUCUAUUUUUCACAUGUUUGAUUCUGAAAUGACAAUGGGUAAAAUGUUUUGAAAAAAACUGACUCUCAUAUAGAUACUGAAAAUGAGUUUUGUGUAUAUUUUCUUCUAUUUGGUUAAAUUUGUAUAUUUUUAGCACAAGAUUUAUCAAAAUGAGAACGUAUUAAAAUCUAUAUUUUCUAAACUGAAUUAAAUAUUGUUAGUCAAUAAUUUUCUUAGGUACAGUGCCAUGUGUUAAUAUUUGAUUUACGAAAUGUAUCUAUUCAUAAAUAGUGUUGAGACUAUAUAAUACUAUAUAAAAAUGUAUUGAGCCAAUAUCUAAUUAAAAUGCAUAUUUAUGCUCUCAUGUUUAAAAUAUCCUCCUUUUACCUAUACUUAUUUCCAACCUCAUCAAAAUGCUUACUGUAUAAAAAUACUAUGAUUAAAAUUGGCUAAAAUAUACUGUAAUAAUCAAAUAAGCAAAGAUAAUGAGUUUGGUGUUAUGUUUUAGUCUGAUGUUAUACCUGUUAACUUCCUUGUUUUAAUGAAAUACACAUAUUAAUUUGCAAUUU